AAGAGCUCGGUCGUCUUUUUACUUCAAGCAAAUUUGCCACUACGAGAGGGAGAGGCCGUGUAUCUGAAAGGGAAGGAAAAAGUAAUUAGGGUUUAAACGGUUCAAACAGAUAGCUAUUUACUCUUGUUUUAAUCCUAAAUUUAGGGUUAGGGUUAUUGGGAGCUUCACGAAUUUCAUUUUCUUCUACUUGCUCAGCUUGGUUAUGUAAAUUUUCGUCUGUUUUGCGUUUUAAGUGUGCAGAUUAAUUUCUUAUUAAUGUUAUGCUUUGAAUCUUUCGAUAGAGAAAGAUAUAUUGGAGAAAGAUACAUAUUUUAUAGGUAUAGAGCAGUUUAAUUGUGUAUAGGAGAGAGGGUUUCGUGUUUGAUGGAUGAGAUCUGGGAGCGGGCAGUGGAGACAGCUUUAGACGGCCAAACGGACCACGCGGCGGCUCGAACGCUGACCCUAGACGGCGUGGUGAAGUGCGUGCAUGGUCGGCUUCCUCCACCGAGCCUUUUGGAGAAGUUCGAGAAUCUCCUGCAACUUUCAAUCGCCAAUAUUGGAGUAUCGUCGCUUGAUCAGUUCCCUCGCCUUAGGAACCUUCAGAAGCUUAUACUUUCUGACAAUCGCAUCUCUGGCGGACUUGAGUUCCUCGUCGAUGCUGGACUGGACUCUCUUCGGGACCUCGACUUGUCCAACAAUCGUAUCCAAUAUAUCGAAGAUCUUGCUCCACUGGCUCAGUUAAAGCUCAUUUCUCUUGAUCUCUAUGAGUGUCCGGUCACUAGGGUGAAGGAUUAUCGAUCUAGGGUUUUUGGAUUGAUCAAAUCGCUGAAGUAUUUGGAUAAAAUGGACCCAGAGGGGAAUGAGAGACCUGAAUCUGAUGAGGAGGACGAAGAAGAGGAUGACGAGGAUGAUCCUGGAAGUGGCGAGAUUGAUGGAGAGGAAAGGCCUUAUAGGUUGAAUAAUGGGCAUAGUGAAGGGGUUGAAGGUAUUGUUGAUGUCGAUGAGGAUGAAGAAAGUGAUGCAGAUGAGGAGGAGACGGAGACUGCAAGGCGGAUUAACGGCCCAAACCAGAAUGGAUUUAGAGUAGCAGCUGUGGGGGGAAGAGAUGAUGUGGAGGAGGGCGAUGAGGAGGAAGAAAAUGAAUCUGGAGAGGAAAUUGAUUAUGAGGAUGGCGAUGAUGAUGAUGAUGAUGAUGAUGUGGUGGAGGUGCAUGAGAUUGAGGAUAGUGGUGAUGAGGAGGAUGGGGUUGAAGAUGAUGAUGAAGAUGAGGAGGAUGAGGAGGAGGAUGAGGAGGAGGAAGAGGAGGUGGACAACGACGAAGUGGAUUUUGCAGAGCCAGAGAGUACAGGAAGGUUAGCGAGCACAGAAGGGGAGAUCGAUGGCCAUGAGCAAGGAGAGGAUGAUGGAGAAGAGGAUGAUAAUGGGGAGACUGGGGAAGAAGAACAGGGUGUUGAUGAUGAUGGAGAAUUUGAAGAAGAAGAGGAUGAAGAAGAUUAUGGUGCAGGAUAUUUGGUUCAACCAGUGGGGCAGGCUGAAGUGCAUGAUGCUGGAGGUAGUGACAUGGAAGCAAAUGAAGAAGAUGAUCACGAGGGGGAGGAAGAAGUUGAAGAUGAUGAAGUUCAGGUGUUGCCAUCAUCCUCAUCAUCACACAAUAAGAGGAAGAAAGAUGAGGAUUUGGAUUUAGAUGAAGAUGAUGAUUUUGUUGAGUAUAGCAAGUCAUCAAAGAAGAAGCGUUAGCUGCUAUCAAUCUGUCGGGUAAAAAGGGAAAAAGAGAAAAAAAAAAAAAAAAGGUUUCUGUUAUGGCUUGAAGCUUGGAAAUAGAGGAAAACUUAUUAGAUAGAUUGUUUGAAUAGGAGGGUAGGAGUGAUUUUGGGAAGUGUUGGGUGGACAAAUGUUGAGGGAAAGGGCAUUGUAUGUGUUGGGUGGAAUGAUGUUAGUUCAAAAAGUCGUUAGCAUCUUUGUCCCGCUAGCCUGUCUUAUAUAGCCGUUAGUGAUGGUUAAUUCAAAAGGCAGUUAUGAGUUCA